AUGUCUGAGAUGAAGCAAGACAGAAACAAUCAAGACCCUACCCCAUCCUCCUCGCGUGAGCUGCAGAUCCCGGCCAAACGGAAUGCCUUCACGGAGCUACUCUCGUCCCGUCACAAGCAGUCAAAACAGGCCGUGGGUCAUUCGUCACCUGGAAACGUCCCUCUGGACCGACAAGCGUUUUCUGGAGGUCGCGACGGCCUAGGCGCAUACAUUUCCAAGCCAGAGACAUAUCCAUCCAGUGUCGUCAUUUACUACAAUGAGGAUUUCGUGGCGAUUCACGACAUGUUCCCCAAGUCUUCGCUCCAUCUCCUCCUCCUCCCGCGCGAUCCCACGAAGACCCGUCUUCACCCAUUUGAGGCGUUCGAAGAUGUCGAGUUUCUUGCAAAGGUGAAAACUGAGGCUCAGAAGCUGCGAAAACUAGCCGCGACCGAGCUGCGACGAAAAUACGCCAAGGGUUCCGCACAAGAGCAGGCCAGACUCGCAGCUCUGACUGCGGAUUCGCCGCCGGACGAACUACCACUGGGUCGAGAUUGGGAGCAAGAGAUUAGAUGCGGAGUGCACGCCGUCCCAUCGAUGAACCAUCUACAUGUGCAUGUGAUUGCGGUGGAUAGAUACAGCGAGCGGUUGAAACACCGCAAGCACUACAACAGCUUCUCGACCCCCUUUUUUGUGCCCAUCGAUGACUUUCCGCUGGCACCGGGAGACCCACGUCGGCAGCCAACACAAGAAGGCUACCUGAAAUGGGAUUUGGUUUGUUGGCGCUGUGGGCGCAAUUUUGGUAACCGUUUCGCUGAAUUGAAGCUACAUCUCGACGAAGAAUUCAAGGAAUGGAAAAAGCUAUGA